GUUCCAGCGGCGGCGACCAUAACCCGCUGAGGGAAUGGCGGAGCUCGGAGGCGGCUCCAGCCCAGGGUGCCAUCAGUGUGGCUGCAAAGCUGUUCCCGAGGCCGAGCUCCCAAACGAUCUGCCAGCAGCACUCCUGGUGUAUCUGAAGCAAAGUCGUGUUUCUUCCGCAAACAGCGAUUCUGGCUGUGAAUAUGAAGACAGUGAAUCCUCCUCCAUUUGUGGAGGUGCGAAUGAGCUCCGGCAUCUCCAGGAGGGACCAGCAGCCGCGGUUCCACACUUGCCUGGGGCCCAAGAAGCCUCUUGGCAUAAGCAGGGGGAUGCCACUUGUGAGCGUACAGUGAAUGCAGAUGUGGAGAAUGGAUUCUGCACCAGGGAUGGGAGCGUGAGGGAGCCCCUGGCUCCCCAGGGCACAGCAGUAAUGGGCAAUGAACACAAAAGGAACCUCAGAAGAUUCCUGGGUGAACGGUUCAGGUGCCAUCCCGUGGGCACGGCGGUGCUGAUUCUGCUGCUCCUGGUGCUGGUGCUGGCUUUGGGGGCAGCCUUGGCUGUGCUGGCAGGUAAGGGAGGGGCAGCAGCCUGGGCCCAGCCCCUCGGGGCAGAGCGGGCUCCCUGCUCCCUGCACAGGGGAAUCCUCAGAGCUUCUCCUCUUCCCCCUGCAGCACCACCACAGGUUUCAGUCAUGCCUGCAACUUCGCCGUCACUUCUGGGCUGUUCCAGAGGCUGGUUUGCGGUCAAUGGGGUCUGCUACCGCUUGUCAAGGGAAUACAGCACGUGGGAGCAGGGUCAGGAACGGUGCUCCGAGCUCAAUGCCUCCCUGGCCAUUGCCCAGGAUGAGGAGGCCAUGGUGAGUGAGGGGCUGCGGGCGCUGUGGGGUGGCUGAGGGCAGCCUGGGGGCGCUCCUGGGCCGGGCUCGG